AUGGAUGAUGGUACAAGGGCAAGCGAUGUGAGCGAGGAGCGCCAAACAGACGCAGCAAAGGGGACAUCAAGCGAUGAUGUCGCGCCGAGUGGACACAAAAGGAGUCCUUCUGGUGGGCUCUCGAAACUCUCAUUCCUGAGAGCAAGCGCCGAAGACAACCAAAUCCAAGCCGACAAUGGCCCACCGAGCCCCGAACCUGUCGCGAACGGCCAGCCGACCUCCCCUAAAAAGCCUGGACGAGCCAUGGCCGUCGCCGUCCAGCAGCUGAAGACAAGACGAAGGAAGGGUUCUUUGCGGAAAGCGGCGCUUCUUGGAAGAGGCGCACAGCGGGAAAGGAAAGAGCUCGAAAUACCUCCGUUAAUCACAAGAGCUUCGGCAGACAUCGACGAUGACAAUGCGUCCAGUCCAAUCUCGCCUGAAGAUUUGAAGCAAAACAGAGGGUUUAAUUUGGGGGCUCUAGACACAUCAGGCUACUCCUCGAUUGACCACAACACAAGCAAUGGGCUGCAAAAUCAAUACACGCCAGUGCCUAUCCUGGCCCCAGUACCUAUUGACCCUACGGUGCCCAAUCUGAAAACCAGUCCAACUCUCUCAUAUACAUCUACUACCGAUGACGACGAUGUGCUGUCGUUUCCAAAGCACCUUCUCUCGCCGCCUAUGAAUAACAUCCCUCUUUCAUCCGGAUCUGAAGGCUACUUCCCAGCGGAAGGCCCAGGGGCGCUAUUUCGGCGGCGGUCGACGAAGAAGCCAAAUUCUCCGCUCCCUCACGGAGGAUCCACAGCAGCAACCCUCACUUCAUCUGAAGAUGACUGGGAUUAUGCAGAGACGGAGUGGUGGGGUUGGGUUGUCCUCAUAGUCACGUGGGUUGUUUUCGUUGUAGGCAUGGGGUCCUGCCUCGGUGUUUGGAGCUGGGCUUGGGACGUUGGGGAGACGCCAUAUGCGCCUCCAGAGCUUGAAGAUGACCCAACGCUACCUAUAGUCGGAUAUUACCCGGCGCUGAUCAUAUUGACGGCGGUUAUGGCAUGGGUUUGGGUUGUGGUCGCCUGGGUUGGCAUGAAGUACUUCAGGCACGCAAAGAUCAGUGGUGACUGA